CUUGUUGUCGUUGCUACGUCACGCCAUCCGUUACUCUCUGGACAUCUUGCUUAUAGUGUUAUAAGCUAAGUCUUGGUUGGGGGGAAGGUUAUUUAAUUAUUAAGUACAUUUGAGAACCACUGAAAAACUCUGACAAGAAGGCAAGGCACAUCCGACUUAGAUUUGAGAAGGAGGAGAGAGUUAUUCUACCCUGAAGGGUUAUUGACUCAGACGUUACGGUUGACUAAUCAGGAACAGCAACUCUUCGUUUAUUUUUGUUUCUUUUGUAUGUAGGUUCUGGGCCUUGCAUAUUCGAACAAUGGCAUCUUUUUUUUUUUUCUGAUGGAUUUUUUAGUGGUAGAAUCUCUGUAUAAUUUAUUUUUAAAUGUUUGAAAUUCAAUAUCUUAAGACUACAAGAGAUCUUAUUAUAUAGAGUGCUCAAAACUGUUAAGUUGAAAAACUGAGACUAGAAUGAUGAAAAAACCAAGGUACAUUAUUAUAUAACGUAUACGCUCUCUGGAGUAAUGGAUGAUUGAUGCUUUUAUUUGAACUUUCUUCCGUUUGGGGAGGAUAUAUUGAAAGAUAGCUAGUGAAAUGUAGAGGCGUUGCAACACUCCCAGUCUGACCACAACGUCUAAGACACUGGUCACCAGACUGACACUCUUGGACACUUGACGCGGAGGGGGAGGACUGGACAAAGUGCACGCGUCAUGAAAUGCUUGGACUGGACGGAAGUGAGACACAAGUGUCUGGAGGAGACAACUCUUGAAGGCAAGGAAAUAAAGAACACGAUCGUGAUUACCUUCUCUUUCCAAGUUGUAUUUACAGCUUUUAAUGCUCUUCAGAAUCUUCACAGCUCGCUGCACGAUGAGGAAAGUCUUGGUCUCAUCUGUCUCUCCAUCAUCUACUUCACCGCCGUCAUCUCCAGUGUCUUCUCGCCCACCAUCAUCGGCUUCCUGGGGGCCAAGACGGUGCUGGUGGCCUUCUUCCUCGCCCACAGCGUCUAUGUCCUAGCCAACUUCUACCCGGCCUUCGCCACCAUGGUGCCUGCUGCCGUAGCUCUUGGGGCCUUUAAUGGACCGGCGUGGACGUCGCAGGCACUGUACAUCUCAGCGAACGCCUACUCAUUCUCCAAGAGUUCCUCCGCCUCACCGUACACCAUCCUCAGCAGGUUCAACGGCUUCUUCUUCGCCAUGUUCGCGACCACGCAGAUCGUGGGCAACCUCGUGACCAGCACCGUCAUCAGGGACGGGGUGGGCAACCAGAGCGAUGAGACCAUUAUCUUCAAGUAUUGCGGCAUCAACGAUUGCCCGGACAAUGAGAAUGUCACAGAAAUUGAAGACCCUGAGGAUUGGGUCAUAGACAUCACGCUGGGUUUCUUCAUGGCCUGCUGCCUCUGUGGGCUCCUGCUGGUCUUCUUCCUCCUCUCCCCGCUGCCCAAGAGUGACUGGAUUGAGAGGGUCAGCGUCAAGUUCACGGCCACUUCCUGUUUCAGUGUCCUGCUGACCACAGACAUGCUCCUCCUGGUCCCGUUCAUCCUGUUCACCUCGGUGGAACACGCUUUCCUGAUGGCCAGUUUCACCAAGGCAUACGUCACUUGCGCCAUAGGUAUUCACAUGGUGGGCUACGUCAUGGCCGCUUACGGCGCCACCACGCCCAUCUUCGUCUUCCUGUUCAUCCGCCUGGCGAGGAUAGCGGGGCGCUUCUUGCUGCUCAGCAUCUCCCUGAUGUCCCACAUCGUGCUCCUGGCCUUCCUGUACAUGUGGUCCCCCACUGCUGACAGCGAGGCGCUCAUCUUUGUCAUACCCAUGUUCUGGGGAGUAGCGGAGAGCAUUUUGUUAGCCCAGGCUAAUUCACUGAUCACUAUGCUGUACCCAUCACAAAAGGAACCCGCCUUCGCCAACUUUCACGCCUGGAGGAGUCUGGGCUACUCCAUCACAUUUCUCAACGCCACCUACCUGUGUGUCUCGACCAAGUUGAUUCUCUGUAUGCUGUGUGCGGCACUUGGAUUGGUGCUGUACAUCUUUGUGGAGCUGAAAACUAGGAUGAGAGAGAAGCUGGUCUUUGAGGCCAGGGGUUCCGUCAUAUCGGUGCCGCCCUUGGAGUUCACCGUCAGGGAAGAGACGGACAGCAAUGGGGCGUCCACGAAGAGGACCAGUGUGUCAUCUCUUAUGUCAGUCCAGGAAAGAUUAUCGUUUGACCACAUAGAGCUACAUGACGUCAUCAAAGAAGCUCAGAAUGGGUGGAGGCGGGACGAAUCAGGUCUGACCUUGGAGCUCAGCAAGGUCAUGAGCAGCACCUACCUCAAAGAAUCCAAAGCCACAAAGCUUUUCCACACCUGCGCCUCGUGGACAGAGCUCUCGGAUCUGAGCCAGAAUUCCGCGGCGCGGCCAGCAGUUCUCCCGCGCUCUUUGUCUGACGGAAACACAUCCGGAAGUGUCUACCGCGUCCACACGGGCAGCAACAAACUUUUGCGCAGCGCCCCGACUCUGAACGGCAAGAGGAGGGCAGUGUCGGAGAUCAUCGCCCCGACCUUCGACGUCAUUAAGGACGUCGUGUACGAGGAGGAGGAGAGUGACGAUCUCGUGAUGGGCAAUGAAGCCGACGAUGACGUUUUCGAUAACCACCAGGCCGAAAACUCUCCGAGGAAAGGGUCGAGUGAAUCCAAAUCGAGAAGCUUCAUGCGAAGGCUGAGCCAGACUUUACAAACGAUCAACGUUGAAGGGCCCAGAAGGGGCUCCGACUUUGAAAUCACCAUCGAGUCUCCCACGACCCCAUCCCCCACUGGCAAAGUCAACUUCGCUUUCGAAUCAGACGAGGACGACAUUGACAACACAGCGUCUAUCACCGUGGAAGACGAGGUCCGACCCAACGAAGUCAGCGUCCGGUACAAGCCCAAGUCCGGCCAGCUGGAGAGGCCGGUGUCAUUAGAGGCCAAGACUAAAAAGAGACGCUCCGGUCUCGACCUCGUCAUAAGGGGAAACAAAUCUUUAACCGAGCUGUCUGCGCCAUCCACCCCAAACAAACAUUCAGCCGACAGCGACAAAAAAAGAAGCCGCUCCGUCGCCAGCAUGAACAGCGAAGGAAAAAGCAAGAGACCUAAACUGUCGCUCAAAAAGUUGAGCAUCCUGAAAAAGCCGAAAACGCCCGAGUCGCCUCCACCCCCCGAGGUCAAGGCGAACGAGCUGAAGGAGGAGGACAACGAACAGGACUCUGGUGCAGACAGCGAUGGCUUCGUGCCUGAAGAGGUCUUGGCGCACGAAGCUGAGCUCGCUAUUUACAACGAAGGCGUCAUAGACAUUUCUCGGCCUAAAACUUCCAAGAGGAAACACAAAAUUCCAGUCAUGGAAAGCGAAGAUGUGAAUUGUAUAUAUUAAAUUGGUAUCGCAAAGUCUGUAUUGACCUUGUUUUAGAAUCGGUUGAUUUUGUGAAAGAAUUGUGUCGAGCAUAACAGAAGUUUGUAUCGAUUCCCAAAAUAUGUUUUUGAAAUACUGAGUGACAGUGGCUAGUUAAUUUCUGUCACAACCAUCGAUCAGAACUUUCAACUAAUUGUGUUAUAAGACUGAUCAUCAAAGUGGUGUAAACUAAGCUUAAGACAGCCAUAAGCCUUAAACCAGAUACUCUCUCUCUCCCCAUCGGUCUUCAAACGUGCUUGGACAAUAGCGCAGUGAGCAUGAUAUAGCUUGAGGUAUGCGCUAUACAAAAGCAAUUUUUUAAAAGAACAUAACAAAGUCUAGGAUCCCAAUCAAACAAAUAGUUAAUUGUCCUCUAAAAUAAUUCUUUAUAACUAAAAUAUUUGUGUUCUUUGGGAGAUUGAAGAUAGGAGGUAGUUGCGUUCCACUUAUGGUUUUAGAUACAAGCGGGUUGUUUUUUUAGAGAAAAUGAAUUGAAACCAGAAAUGGUAGUCUUUAUAAGUAGUAUAUAUGAUCUCCUUGCCUCAGGUGUCGGCAACUGCAAUCUUAGAAAUAGAAAUGAUCCACGGAGUAAGGUGAAGGUUAGGGUUAAUUCAAUACGUAAAUUGCGGCUAACAGAUUCAAGCUAGACGAUUCAAGGCAGACGUUAUUUGGUUUAAAACUUCGUUUUCAAAACGAGGCAACUUAUGCUAAGUAAAUUAUUAUUUUAUUGUCAGAAAAAACAACAACAUUAAGAUGUUAAAAAGUGAAUGAAUCCAUUACCUCUCUAUAUAUAGGGCUCAAUGUCGUAAAACUAUUUUUGCAUAAUGUUGUGUGUGUGUGAGAGAGAACGCGUUGUGUGGGCAAGUGAAACGUGAUUUCUGACAUGGAAGAAUAAUCUAACCCUAACCUUAACUUGUAAACAAAUGAAGUACUGUGAUCGGUGAUUAACUUUUUUUUUUAUGCUCAACUAUUAGUUAGAUGUUUUGUUCAUUCCAGUUGGCCUGAGGAAUUGACUUGACUGUUUAGAUACAUUGUCCUAUAACGAAGCAUAUGUAUUGUCCAUGGGCGUAGCCAGGAUUUUUUUUCGGGGAGGGUUUUGGGGGGGAUUCCCCCCCCCUCCGACCCCCCCCCCCUCCCGCGAAAAAAAAAUUAUAUAUAUAUAUAUAUGUGUGUGUGUGUGUGUGUACAUAAUUAAUCUUUAUUACAUUCUGACCCUUUCGGAAGACGUUUAUUGUUUAUUGUAGACUCCCCGCCCUUGGAGUUCGCAGUGCUCCCCCAGCGCGGGGCGAAGCCCCGCCGCCGAGCACUAUUUCUGGUAUUGAAAGCCAACAAAAUGCAUAUUCUGAGGUAUCUACAGUGCAUUAUCUUGCUAUUAAAAAGUUUUAUUUCACAAACCUAAUGUGCUAUUCUUACUGACUUAGACCCUCUCGCGCCGUUCGGCGCAUUUUCCGGCAAGCUGUUUCCGCAACUCUUAUUUUGCGUAAUUCAUUUUGUCGGAAAACAUGUCCCGCAAAACCUCAUGCGACGCUCUGUCACAACCUUACUAAGGAUUCGACUCCCAGUUCGGCAUAUGAUUUCUUUGAUUUAGACCCGAUCUCUAUGACUGACUCCUAAAAUCUGUCUUAGCCAUCUUUGUUGAGACACAUUUAAUGAUUUUCAAUUUCGGCAGAAGACUAUUCACACUUAAUUAAUGGAGCCCAAGCCACUGGUAGAAAUUUGUAACCUCUCUUGAUUACGCUCUUGGAAUUACAUGCCUGUUUUUAGCUUUAGAUUUUAUAUCGAAAAGGAAAGUUUUUUCGUCAAAUCAUCUGUUGAGGGGUUUUAAACUAAAAAAUCUCUGGGUUUUUUGCUUGUUUUGUUUUUAAUUUAAAACCCCAUUUAGCUACGAUCAUAGAAUUUGGUGACUGUAGUUUGCUUUAAAAUAAUAUUGAAGAGAGAGGUUUUCAACUCUAAACGCUCUGUAGGGGAAUUUUAAACUCAAAACCAUCUGGAGGGGUUUUAAACUUUAAAGAAAAAGCCAUCUGGAGGAGGGGGAUUUAAACUCAAAACCCCUUUGGCUACGCUCAUAGAUUUUAUAGUGUGUAAUUUGCUUUUUUUUUAUAUUGAAGAGGUACUUUUUAGCUUCAAACCCCAACUGGAAGGGGGAGGGGGGUUAAACUCAAAACCCCUUUGGCUACGCUCAUAGAAUUUUGAGUGUGUAAUUUGUUUUUUUUUAUAUUGAAGAUGGGGUUAUCGUAAAUUUUGGAUGGGGUUUUAAAAACAAAAUCUUCCUCAACUGUGCUGUUGGAAUUUGGGAUUGUUGUUUGCAUUUUUUUUUUUGUUUUAUAGAAGAGGGGGAUUUUACUGCAAAAACCUCUGGUAGGGGGGUUAAAAUUCAAAACCCCCUGUAGGGGGUUUUAAACUCAAAGCCCCCUGGUAGAGGGAUUUGUAUCUCAAAACCCCCUGAUAGGGGUUUUUAAAAUCUCAAAACCCCCUGAUAGGGGUUUUUAAAAUCUCAAAACCCCAAGGUAGGGGGAUUUAAACUCAAAACCCGCUGGUAGAGGGUUUUUAACUCAAAACUACCUCGGCUGUGCUGUGGUAAGUGAUGAUUUAGUAUUAAAAUCUCACCUAAAAUAAACAAAAUGAAAGCCAAAAUCAGUCACUUAAUUCCGUCCCCCCCCCUGCGGGGGGGGGGGAUUUCAUUUCGGGGGGGGUUUGAACCCCAAGAACCCCCCCCCUGGCUACGCCCAUGGUAUUGUCUAUUGAAUGUUUGGAUUCGAUGGGUCAAUGUGAUAACUGUCAUUGUCAAACUAGUUAUUAUAUUGUUAUAACCAAAAUACUAUAAUGUUAAAAACAGAGUUAAAAGAAAUCUGUGAUAAAGAAUUGUCGUUCCUGAUUGUCGAUCCCGAUUUGUUCUUGCCCUCCGGGAUGGAAUUCCAAUUUGUAUAAUACAGAAACAACACUACUCGUUGUACUGGCCAAUACAACAUCCUAGUUGACUAUUUACACAUUUAUUUUGUGGGGAAAAAAAGUUAACUCUUCUUGACCUCUAUCUAAAGUUGCACCAAGAUCCUAGUUGACUAUUUACACAUUUAUUUUGUGGAGAAAAAAACGUUAACUCUUCUUGACCACUACCUAAAGCUGCACUCUAAAAAUGAAGUUUCUAAUGCUGUCUAUCUACUGGUAUUAUAGACAUGUGUAUUGUUAACUCAUUGAGACCCAGGGAUAAUGUUUACAUAUCAAAUGCCUCAUCACGCCACACAAUCUAAGGUGUAAGUUCAUGCGCUCCAUAUCAAUGUAUCAGAUCUACAAUAAAGUCCAUCUAUCUCAUAUUGUUUCACUUUAUAAGAUAAGGUAAAUAUAAUGGCACUAAUGGCACUGAGGUAGACUUUUUAUAAAAGAUAAUCCAGUUGUUUUUUUCAUUUGAUGCCCUUCCUCUGAAAUAUAUAUCUUUGUAUCUAAGACUUCCGGUUACGAAUAGACCCUAAUAGUAGCAUCAACAAGAAAAAACAAGCAAUAGAAAAAAAAUAAUACUUAAAAAAAAAAACAAAGCUUAUCUAAAGAAAGAACCGCUAAUUACUGCCAUUUAUCUGUAAAUUACAGGGUUUAACUCCCUUACUGAUACAUAAAACAAAACAAUUAAUUACUACUAAAUGAUUACCUAAUUGGUAACUAUUUGGAUUGAUUUGUGUAUUGUCAUCGACUACAGCUAAUUCUGCAAAAUUUCAGCUUGAUCCGAAAAAUAGGAAAACGUGUCAAAACGUAUUAAGGGGACUAAAUCCAUAUAUACAUCCACAACUCUCAUUAAGUAGGCUCAUUCCCUUUACUUCGAUAUCAAACAAAUAGUUAUUCACGAACAAUUAAUUAAUAAAUGGUGUUGUUUUUUUUUUUUUGCCUUGUUAGGUGCUAUGAAUUAUUGUGCAAAGUUUUAACUUGAUCCGAGAAUGGGAAAUAGGAGAAAAAAACGUAUUCGAACUUUUUUUUCAGACAGACAGACAGACAGAGUGAGUUGAUAGAAGCUUUGUAACAAACUUUUGUCCUACUAUUUUUCUUUCCACCCAAGUAGAGAAUGUCGUCUUCUAAUAAGACUUUACAAAGUGUAUAAAAUCGAAAACAAAGUUCACAAUUAUUACAUUUGACUAACGAGGAUCCCGACAGUGUAGUCAACCACAAAGGACUAAUAGAUAAUAAUCACAAUUAAAAGUGAGGUGACCUAAUGAGUUUCAAUGAAAGAUUGAUAUAAACUUUGGGAGAGCAUCCAUAAGAAAAAUAGUUUACUGAUACAAAUAUAAUCUAGAGUUAUCCUUUAUAUAAAAUUGGUUUGGAACAUUGAUCUCUCUAUAUAUAUUUAUAUAUAUAUAUAGUUAGGCCUAUGUUCUAGAAGUUAACUUGCUUUAACAAAGUCUAGUUGAUUACUAUGCUACAUAACAAUGCAAUGUUAUAGUUCAGAGUUCAGAUUGUAAUUUGUUAUUGUGCCUUUGAUAAGUCGCCUAGAUCUUAUCGUCUGGCUAAUGUUAAAUAUAGAUUUAUUUUCAGAUUUUUUUUGUCUAUUGUUAAUAUCUUACAAUGAAGAGAUUAAACAAAAUAUUU